AUGAAUCAUGAACAAUAUGGACACGGUCAACUCUGCCAUAAGUCUGUUCACAUCGUGAAUGAGGCCACCGGGAGGUCUGUCACUGCCAAAGUUGUGGACAAGUGCCCAGGCUGUGAUUACGGCUCUUUAGACUUAUCGCCUGCGGUCUUCAAAGAGCUGGGUGAGCUCCGAGCAGGAACCUUGCCGAUCACUUGGGAUUUGACGUGA